GUUUUUCUACACAUUCCUUUAUUUUUUCUUACCUCAUUUUAUUUUCUAAAUAUCUUUGGGUAAAGAAGGGUGUUUUAAGUAAGGUGACUCUAUGGGUAAUGCAGAUCCAUAGAGUGUUAAUAUAGAGCUAUUGUAUCCUGGGGACGACAUGCUUUAUAUAUCUCUGCUGCACCGGUUGAUCUACUUUCCACAGAGGCGUGAAUCGUCUUAAAGUAAGUAAGUUUUUCACACUUAUUUAGAUGAUAUUUUCUUAUUAAUAUUUCUUGAUAAGUUCACUAAUUAUUAUUUUAUUUGAUCUUGUGACCGAGACACAACAAUGACAUGAUGUGGAGAUGGAGGAGAGUGUUCGAGAAACAACACUAUAUGCAAGGGACUUUGGCUUGACAUUCCUCAUAUCAUUGACUAGAUUCUUCAUUGUGCCAUGCAUCUAUCUGCAUACAAUUCCUGGGCAUUUCUUGAAAACUGUGUUUGCUUGCAUGAAACUAUGUAGACUAAACAUGUUAUGUCCGAUGUCAUAGACCCAAUUGUAUAAGGAGUAGACAUUAGCGGAACUGCAUGAGGAGAGGGUUAGCUAUAGGCUUUACCCCAAGAGUUAAAAAAGUUAGAAGUAAAGAGGCAUAGAUUAAGGUUGUAGGAGAAAACAUGUCAAAUAUCUUGACCUAAAUCUCAUUGUACAGACAAGAAAAAAGUUUAGAGGUAAGAUUGAAAAGAAGGCGGCCCUACUUUCCAUCUCUUUUCGGUUCCAACACUGCAAGCAGAUACAACAAUUAAACCAAAGGUAAGAAUAACUCCCUCCAUUUAAU